AUGCUAAAAGAAGUUGUUUACUGUGGUGUAUGCACCUAUCCUAUAGAUUACUGUGAGUUUUCAGGUAAAUUGAAAAGAUGUAAGGUGUGGUUGAAGGAGAACCACGCCGAUCUAUACGAUAAGCUUUAUUCAGAGGAUGAUGCAGCAGCAGCAUCUCUGAGUGCCAAACUUGCGGAAUCUAGUAUUGGUGAAGCUAGAGAAGAGAAGCUAGAGAAGGAUCUUCAAAAACUACAGACCAAGCAAGAGAACAAAGAACAAAGAGAGCUAGCAAAGAAGCUUUCAUCUAAAGUUAUCGUCAAGAGAGAAGCAAGAACGAAAAGAAAGUACAUUGUUGCCAUCUCUGGUUUGGAAGUCUUUGAAAUUGAUAUGAAAAAAUUGGCAAAGACUUUUGCCUCAAAAUUUGCAACUGGUUGCUCGGUAUCUAAGAAUGCUGAAAAGAAGGAAGAAGUAGUGGUUCAAGGUGACGUUCUUGAUGAAGUCGUUGCUUACAUUCAUAGUCUUUUGGAAGAAAAGGGUAUGAAGGAUGUUAAAGUAGAGACUAUCGACACUAAGAAGAAGAAAAAACCUGAAGCCACUCCUGCAGCCAAAUAA